AUGUGUGAAGUAGGCUACAAGGUCGUCAGACCUUUGAUGUCCAAAGAUUGCAAAGAAGCUCGUAGACGUGCGAUCGGACUGUACAGGGCGUUUUAUAGAUACAUUCCUUACAUCAUAAAAUAUUUCGACAUUGAGAAGAAUGAACAAGACUGUCGAUGGAAGUUGAGAGAGUAUUUUUAUAGGAACGCCUGCAUCACUGAUGUACGAAUCAUCGAUUUACUGGUGAUAAAGGGCUACAUCGAACUCAAAGAAAUAACGAGUUCGUGGCAACAGAAGUCUCAUGUGAUCAGACAUUGGAAUCCAACUAUUGAGCCAAAACGAUACGAUUUUAUCGGCAAAUUCAUGGCAGGCAUGGAUUAA